CCAGGCGCUGACCAUUCAGCCAUAUGGGCUAUGUACGACUGAUGGAUUACACGGCGCACGAACCAAGCAGACAAAGCCCGGCCAAACUGCCGCCGUCAGCCCCUGCCUGCAUUCGUACGAUUGUCUGUGAAUGGGUAAUCCUCUCCGUAUCCCGCACCUGGGAAGUCCCAACCCCGGGCAACCGAGACUCUGGAACCCCGCCCAACACUGGCUUGACGGGAACGAGAAGCAAGGGGCUGACCUGCCCGAGAUGUUCCGCAACCUGGCUGGGAGUAACCUUGCUGGGAACAGUCGCAACUUUGGGCAACAUGAGGCGGAAGCAAGGAGAUUCAGGGCGAACAGCCACUCAUCUCGCCCCGUGUAUUGUGUCACGGACGUCCGAAGGCCACAUAAGAAGAUCAGAUACCAUGAAUUCCAAAAGGGAAAUCACGUUGGAUAAGACGCUCGUUCUGAUUGGAUGGAUGUUCGAGAAUGGCGAUGGCCUAUCGGUGACCAGCCCCCUCAGUAAGAGAGGGGAACACGGUCUCAGUUUAGAAAGUCACAAGGCCUAG